AUGUCACUUUAUUCUUAUUCUUCAUCAUCAUUAAAAUCGAGUGAAUCAAGUAAUUCUUAUCGUUUGUUAUCAACAUCUUCAUUAACAACUGUUUCGAGUCAAAUUAGUAAUAAUGGAACAAGACGAAAUUCAACAACUGAUGAUGAACAGUGGCCGACUCCACCAGAAGAUGAAAAUCAAACUUGGCAAAUUGAAAAAAGUGUAAAUAUAAAAAAUGAACAAUUAAAUAGAAAUGGAUGUGUAAUUAAAGCAAUAAUGACUAACGAACGAAUUGUUCUUUAUGAUUCAUCAUCAACUCAAUCAACAAUAAUUCCAGGCAAACAUAUUUCAAUGAAAGUAGUAUUUAAUGUAUAA